GUGUGAAGGAGGACUCGUUCAACGUGCUGGACCUCGCAGAGUACACCAAGAACCAGCCCUGGUGGCGCAAAGUCUUUGCCCCUAGCUCCGGAUCGAGCGUCGAGAAAUACAAUGUGGCCACACAGCUGGUGAUCGGAGGGGUCACGGGAUGGUGUACUGGAUUCAUCUUCCAGAAGGUUGGAAAACUGGCAGCAACAGCAGUAGGAGGUGGCUUUUUCCUACUUCAGAUUGCAAACCACACGGGAUACAUCAAAGUGGACUGGAAGCUGGUAGAACGGGACGUGAACAAAGCCAAGCAGCAGCUGAAAUUUCACAGCAGUGGCCACAAAAUGCAUCCAGAAGUGAAAAGCAGAGUGGAUGAG